AUGUCGCACAAGUCGGCGUCGGACGCAUACUCCCGGCGUCCCACCGAGGAUGACCGCCGCGGUCCGGACGGCCGGGAGAGCCAACGGGACAGCUUCCCGAGGAGGGGAUCCGAUCCCUAUAAGGACGAGAGACAUCGCCGAGACACAGAACCCAGCGCAAGGGAUCGACGUAACCCGACUGAAUCUUCCCGCGACACGUCAUCCUUUGGGAAACCGUCAAAGAUCAUUCCGGUGGCCGUCUCUGCAAGAUCCGAUCCUCGCAGUAGGACUAGUUCAGCCUCGCGGUCACCGGCAGAAAGCCCUGGUGUUGAGCAAAAUUUUGCAGCUGAAAGAAUUCAAGAGUGGUUACAGAAAUACGCUGCGGCGGCUGUUACCAAGGCAACGCUCAUGGCGGAGAGAGAACCCCUUGCGAAGGCCAUGAUGGCGCGACAGGCCGAGUAUGACAAGUCCUCGACCAAACACGCAGACUUCCCUUCUGUGCCAGAAGUGCAGAGCAUGCAUCGGCUCAAGUAUGCUGAGAAUGUGCGCUUGCUCGAUGCCCGAAUAGAAAAGGCCCAGCGUGAACUGGACAGUGUGGCCGAGUUCCUAGCACAGGCCUUUUUGCAGCAACUUUCGGCACAGAACAUAGAGCCCGCCAAUACAGCGGCCGUCUCAGCCAUGUUCGCGCCGUAUCAAGAAACCAUCAACAAACUGCAGACGAAACUCAGCGAGCAAGAAACGAGGCUACGCAACAUAGAAGCCGAACAUUCGCGGGAGCUAAGCGAACUUCGGACCGAGUUUGCUCAGAAGAUUGCAGAAAUGCAGGAGUGGACGAAUGAGCAGAUAAAGGAGCAGGUGGAGGAGCAGGUGGAGGGAUUCAAGGCGAAGAACGACAUAAAGCAAAUCAAGGCCGUGAAAGGCAUGAAGGAAGAGAUGCGGAAGGAGAUGAAGGAAGAGAUGCGGAAGGAAAUCAAGGGUGAGAUGUGGAGGGCGAUGAAGGAAGAGAUGCGGAGUGAGAUGAAGGACCAUCUCGUUAAGGAGUCCGAGAAACGGCAAACAGAGCAAGGCAGAUCCCAACCGAACGAUCUACGGUCUCAACUCUCCAAGCACGAGGAGGAUGUGACGAAAGCGGUGGAGCAACAGCUGUUGGCGCACAGGAAUAGCUCUGAGGCUGCCCUUCGGAAAGAGAUUUCUACCCUGGUACAGAAAGAAAGCUCGGCUUUGCGGUCCGACGUCUCGGGCCUCCUGUGCCGGGUGGAUGCGCUCGCUGGGGAGUUAGCCCAGAAAGCGCAAGAGAUGGCCGGCCUACGCAACGGCCUGACGACCAGUGCUCAGCGAGUAGAGGAAGAGGCUCGGAAAGUGGAGGAGCAUGAGUCGAAACUUUCGAGCCUCGAUAUUGAUGCUCUCGGGGAGGCAGCCGAGACGAUCUCGGUCGGUUUCCCGGCUCUUCAAACGAAGAUGACCGCCAUCCAAGCCAAGGUAAACGGGAUAUCCAAGGAGCUCGACGCCAAGCUGGAGAUCGGACAUCAGCAAAUAUUCAGCCGAGUCGAAACAUAUGUGGGAGGGGUGGGGAACGUUCUGGGUCAGAUGGUGGAUGGGCUGCAGGACACCGUAACCGGCCAUGGCACGCGGAUUGCAAACUUGGAAGAAUCUCUACCGGGCGGUGCUGGCCCGACCACUGGGAGGAGCGGGACCUUGACUGAUGAGGUUCCGUCGGCAAACCCGGACUUGGCAUUGCUGAAGUCCGAGUGUUAUUCAGCCAAGGCUGCAGCAGAGCAGCUCACCCGGCAGUACACGGAGCUCUCAAGCAAAGUCGACGAGGCCAUCAAAGACAUCAGCACCUCUAAAGAGGAUUUGAAUAGGCAACUGGACGCCGAACGGCUCGCGCUCAUGGUCCUAAACGAGCAAUACAAGAACCUGACGACUAAUGACUUAGCUAGGGUCAUUAUCGGCGUGCUUGAGGGUCUCUACCCGAAUGCUCGUCAGCUCACCGACAAUGUCGAGGCUUUGAAAAAGCAAAUCGAUAGGUUCGGCUCCCGUCUCGAAAGCCUCGAAGGGCGAGUCCAGGAUUUCAGAGGCAAGGUGGACAGACUUGGCGAGGCCAAGUCGGAUAGGGCUCAAGUGGCCAAAAUACAAGAGUAUCUGCUCAAGGACGCGGAAGGGAGUCGGCAACCGAGCCAAAAGCGGAAGCGGUGGGAGUUGGAGAACGGUGCGGAACAUUUAGAAACAAACGGAACUGAUUGA